AUGGCAGAAAUGAUCGCUUCAGUCAUGGACAAGACUACCAAAGCAGGAUUGGUCGCAAUAGCGCAACAUUGCGAAGCCCAACCUUUGGACUUCCCACAGCAAACACUUGAUCUUUUUGUCGCACUAAUUCCCACCUACAAGGACGCAAGAGACGUUCACCAUGUACAAGACGCCUUGAGUUGUGCGGCCGUCUCUGUCCGCACGCUCAAUGAUCUGGAAGAUGAAGCUUGGACAAUCCCCUUGUUCUCGUCUCUACUAACCGUUAUGGAAGUAUUCAUCGGGUACGGCAAGCACGAAUUCGUCGAUGUUGUGCUCCUUGCCGUGGAGGAGCGAGCAGAGUAUACACUCUACAACAGCCCUGGCAGCAUGAUUGAUCUUUUUCUCCGUAUGGGUAUGCUUUACCAACGAGAGGAUACGUGGGAAAAAGCAGAUCAUUAUUUUCAGUACGCGCAAGCAGCAAGUGCAAACGCUUCUGGGCGUAUGCAUACAUGGACAAAGACUAUCGAGGACGCUCGGCGGCAGCAGCAUUACGAAGCAAAACUGUUAUCAGUACGGCGGGUAUGA